AUGGCACGGGUUGCCAUGUCUCACGGGGCGGCCAAUGCCAGCGUGACGGGGCAGCUGAAGGGUACGUCUGCGCGCGGAAGCAGUCAAGAUGGGCAGCAGCAUCAUGCGGUACGGGGGCCGGCAGGGGAGGUGAAUAAGGCGAGGCGAGCAGACGUGACGGCAGGCCCAAAGUUUCUUCCCUCAUUCAAAAGCCCGCACGGCUGCUCCGUCGCAAUAAUGUGCCCCCGUUUGGUGAGACCUCUCCUAGAGCACGCACACGUCCAGCCCACGCCCGCCAGUCUCUUCCCACCGCCGCCGCCGCAGGAGACUGUCUGUCCGCGUCUCUGGCCCGCCCAUGCCCAUGCCUGCGCCGCCCAGACCGUCGGAAGCAGCGCCUGCCGACGUGGGCCCCUUUGCACCCGCCCACCGCCAGCGUCCUCGCUCCUCCAGCUUCCCAAUCCCACAACGGCGUCCCACGGCAGCUCCGCCUCUGCGUCUGCGCCGCCUGCUUCGCCAUUGCCGGCCCGCUGGUCCAUCACGAACCGCAUCUUCAACCUCAACCUCCGCGCCCUCUACAACGCGCCCCCGCGCCUGCCCGCCUCGCGCCUCUGGAACCCCGUCAACUCGUCCCCGCGCACCCUCGCCGUGCAGUACCCGCGAUCGGCCACCCGCGACCGCCAGCCAAACGUCCCCGUGCAGCGCCCGCAGUCCGGCACCCGCGACGAGUACCCGCUGCUGACCCUGCCGGAGCAGCGUCGCAGCCGCCAGAGCCCUGCGCCGUCCUCCCUCGUCGUCGAACGUUCCACGGGCGACGACAGCGGCCGCACCAGCAUUGGCCUUCCGCGCGAUCGCAGGAGCUUGCCCAUUGAGUCGCAGCCGCCGACGCCGCAGCCCGCAAUGGUCGUGCAACAGGAGCCCGCAGGCCCAGGCCUGGGUGCGGACGUGCGGGACGAUGCACCCAUUCCCGGCCCCCCUCCAGACGACCUUGAAGCCGGCGCAACAAUCAGGAAACCCUCGCCCGCCCGCGUCUCGCUGCCGCCAUCGCGACCGACGUCGAUGCAUUCGCAUGCUGCGUCAGCGCGCGGCCAUGGGGACGGAGACGGCGACGGCGACGACGCGUCCGAGUUCCCCUGGGGUCCUUCGCAUCCAUGCUUCCCGCACCCGAACCCGCAUGUGCCGCUGCACUCGGAGCUGUACGACAACACCCGCAUCAUUCGCAUAAAGCGUGAUUGGAUGGUCAAGGGAGAUCUAGCACCGACAUUCGCCAAUCUGUACCCCGAGAUUCUGGAUCCUCUAAUCACAGAGGACGAGUUCAGGAAAAUAAUACAGAGGAUAAACGAUACGCUGAUGGAUGCCUUCGACCCCUUCAGCUUCCGCGCCUGGCUAGAUUCGGUCAUGGGCGUGGCUACCUUCUGGCUAUGGGACGACGCAGGGCUGACAAAAGUGAAGCGGAAACUGUCAGAGCUGGAAAGAUGGGUAGAGGACUGGAAUAGGCAUUCCGGAGAGAAAGAAGGCGUGAGGAUCAUUCCGUUAAGGCGGACGGGGUAUCUGACGCUCGACAUCCAAAUCCCAGACCCCCAUCUCGGCCCCGACAAUGCCACCUCCUCACGCCCAAACACGCAACAAGAUGACCUCCAAAACGUAGCACCGCAACAACAACACGGCGAAUACGGCCCCUUCCCAGUCACGCCAACACUCCAAGUCAACGCCUCCUCUCCUGUGGCCAUAGAAGGCCAGUCGUAACCAUCAUUUCCAGACACUUCUCAUCAUGUAUAAUUGACAGCUUAUUUCGGAUCUACAGCAAGCAGCACUCCAGCAUAUGUUUGGCGCCAGCGGUUCAGCACACGGGAUAUACUCUUGGGCUUUGCCCUCAUAGCGCGCGUCAUUUCUCUUUUCUCGUUUCUCGUUGAUCGUCUUUUGAGGGCAGCGGAGGCGUCAUCGUCGUGAAUUAAAUUCGCUUGGAACCAAGGAGGCGCCAGUGGUUCAAGAUCGCCCUCGGUUGGGUUGAGAUGUUGGCUUUUCUCUCUCAUGACUACACUACUAGAUUACAGCUGCCGCGAGGCCUAAUUGUUGCAUCUCUUUCUUAUUGUUUUUUUUUUUUCUUCGGUCGUCACAGAUACCCACGCACGUAGAUGCUUUGCAUCUUUUCCUUUCAGAUAGGUUUGAAUAUCUUAUUCCGGUCGGCUCGCCUAAGCAGGGUGGGAGCAAAAGCAUCCAUCAUUACAUC